CGCGUGCGUGCUUGCAGGGACCGAGCGAAAAAGCGUGCUUGCUACCGCUUCUCUGCGUAGUCCUAGCACGUUUCGAACCGUUGCCGUCGACCUGCAGGCUCCACGCCGUAGCCAAAAGGGUGCGUGAUCUGCGUGAGUGGUCGAACUUUGACCCUCCGGGCCUAAACAGCGCGUUCGCCGGGUUGGAUCGGCGGCGGAGGGCAUGCCAGCGGACGAAGGGGACAGCGGGAUCGAAGCCAUGAGUUUGCCGGAGAGUCGCGAAACGUCGCCCAAAGUGUCCAAGCGAGACCUCGACGUCGCUGUGCCGACCACGAGCAGUGCGACGGAACCCUCAGCCAGCGCAGGUGAAGAAGACGACUUCGAUCUGGACGAGACGCUGUACGAGCGGUUGUGGGGCCUGACGGAGAUGUUUCCCCCGAAGCUGCGCCAGGGGGUGUACGACGUGGCCCACUUCUCGUGGGGUUCGGCCAAGGGCCUGUACAGCUUCGGCCGCUCGGCCUUCUGGAUCAUCUUCUCCUCGUCGGCGAUCCUCUUUGCCCCCGUCAUCUUCGAGCUGGAGCGGCUGCAGGUGGAGGAGAUGAGUCGGCAACAGCAGCGCCAGAUUCUACUGGGUCCAAGUGCAGCUGUGUCUGGCGGUGCACCACCUGGUAUGAUGCCUCCGAUCGGUCCCGGACCACAGCAACGGAGGUAAAGUCCCAUUUGUAGAAGAACUGACAGCAGCAACGGUGGAAGACAAGUGGCUCUUCGUGGAGCGUGCAAAGUCGAAGAUGUGCUUUCCAAUGAACUGGCCUUCACACAUUUGCUACGCACCGCCGCAGUCAUCUACCACGUCUGAAAAGCAGCACUGUCACUUCCCUUCCCCCAUUUUUUUUUUAUAGACAGCGUGGCUGUGCUUUCCAAUUUUUUUUUUUGUAUUUUUGCGUAGUUCAUCGUGCAGUGGCUCCAGGGUGCAAGUGCCACUGUACUGUUUCAGGUGUAAAUACAUCCCCUAGCCUAUUUGACACUGUCAUUGAACGGAUUGUUCUGGUACGGUUCACUGUUGAGGCAUAUCCGGCUGCCUGAUAGUUGUCGACGUGACAGUUUGGGGUGGUUGAAUAAAGGAAGCUAUUUGACGAAAAAUGCAAGUGUUUUCACUCCACGAGUUCACAGUGUUGAUAGCACUCGAGCGCUCCCAGAAAACUAAUUUGAAAAGAACGUCACAUGAAGCUACAUAAUCCGUCGGAACAAUGAGUAGUAGUAAUCUAUUACGGCACAGGCUGUUUCACUUGAGCAAACAUUCUAUUAGUGAUGAUAACGCACGGAUGUUCGCUUGUAUUUAACUGGAACAGAGCAGAAGGCUGUAAUGUGUAUCUUUAAUGCAGACUGUUUCCCAACUGCAAGUUUUUGAUGUCUGUGCAUGAAAAUAUUCUAUUGGAUCUCGCAUGCUUUGGGUAUCGAUUUAAACAAAGGUUUCUUUAAUGUUUCCUGAAAAUACACUGCCCUUUAACAACCUGUACCCUCAUGUUCCAAGUAAUUUUUUCUCAGUGCAUUGUUGCUGCUACUUUGUUAUUUUUGGGCAACGUGCUGUGUUCAUCACUGACACUUCACUGGGCACCACUUUUUUAAUACAAGACAGCACGCACUUGCACUAAAACCACAGUUAGCUGUAUGUUUGUGCUGUGCUUCACGUCUGCUGCGCAAUCGAAUGCUUCAACUACAUUUUGUCCUUGUUGGAGCUUGCAUCUUUUUUCUUAGGGUCUAAUGGCCCCAGGCUGCUUUGGUUUGCUGCACCAUAUUCAAGUCCAACCCAUUUUGCAAGACAGCACCCAGCGCUUUCAAAGGGAGUAGGAUGGCAAAGUUAAAUUUAGGAAAGACUGCAAUUGCAGUGUGUAUACUACAUAGGCUUGUUUUCGCAUGGUCAUAGGUAAUGGUUGGUGCCGUUAGUUGGCACUGGCUUUUGAAGGCAGUGGCACAAGCUUGGUCUACAUGCUCGUUUGCGACAUAACUUGGAACUGGUGUAGCUAUGGAAGCAUGAAACACACGGAGACUUGCACUAACGUCUGUCAUUGAGAUGUUAGUACAAAUUUUGAAUGCAGCUCUGUUGGGAUGUGCAGUAUUGGCACAGGUUCUCCUUUUUGUAAAAAAUAGUUGCGCAGACAGUUUAAGCAACUGUUUCCUGUGGAUAUUACAGUAGAUGAAACUAAUGUUGACUGUAUUCAGUAUGGCUGCAACUGCCGUAUUGCAUGGUUCAAGGGGUAGCUUUGCCCAAGCACAUGUCUUCUUGUCCUUGCAAAGGCCACCCUGGACAGAGCUGUGCCAUGAACACUGAAGACAGCACAGUUGGACCAUGUUGUGCAUUCUUGAGACAAGCAUGCAGAACAUAAUAGUGCCUGGGAAGAAGACAUGGAUAGAAACAAAAAGGAGGGACGUAAGAGCGCUUCAUUUUCAACUUGAUUUGUUAUGGAAAACAUGCUUUUAAGUGACAUAUUAAAGGUGCCCUCUUUCCUCACUCUGUAGUCUCUUCAGCGACAGGUCAGUUAACGCUGUAUUGGGUAUCUCAGCCUUUUUUAUAAUUUUGCUUGUCUCCAGCACAAUCUUGACUUGGUGGCAUGCUGGGACCAUUGCAUGCAGAAAACGGGGAUGUCGGGAUAUAACAUGUUUUCAGACUAGUUUGAUUACAUGUGUGAUGCCACUGUAAACAGCUAAGACAAUGUGGGUGCUGCUAAUGUUCUGUGCUCUAAUAGCAGCAAGCCAUGGCAUCCAGUCUUUUCUUUUUGUAGUUUUACUAGUACGAUGGAUUUACCAAAUCAAGGCGUGAAUAUGCAAGUGUGGCAUGCUACAGAUAUGUGUCCAUCUCUCUUGUUCUUUUUUAAUCCUUGUAAUGUCAUUCAUGCGCAUUUGGCCAUUGUAUAAGGUCAUGUGCAGAAGGUUCGUUACGGUAUAGGUGGUUAGGCUAGCAGUCAUUGAUAUUGGCCUGGGGCAAGAAAGUUAAUCUGUUACACGUGUAUAAUCCAAAAUACGUAAAAACAGAUAACUACUUAGCCUGGAAAUGUUUAUCUGUUACGCUAGGGUACUAGACGAAAAUGCUAGGCCAAUGUCGCAAUGUAGCUGCAACAUUCCACUUUGGUACGUGAAAAGGCUAGGGUUUUACAAUGCGCGUGUCUUCAGUUUGUAAGAAGGGUGCUAACAGGGCGAGCUAUCAUUUGUAUUGCGUAAACAUGCAAGGGCAUUUCUCUCUAGUUGCUUGAAUACAAAUCAGGCAGCUACUUCUGGUUACAGUGAGGCGACAGAAUAAUGCACACAGAUCGAGUGAAUGAUAUUGUGCAAAAAAUAUUUAGCCAGUUGUUCAUUAAGAGCAUUCUUAUGGCUGACAGCAUGAAUUCUGCAGUGUCUGUCAGAGGUGGUGCACCUUCGUGGCUGUAUUAUUUUCUGUGUACUUCCCAGCAAUAUGUUUCAUGUCUUGGUACCGACAAAGCCGAGCACUUAUCCUCUACACAGGUUGUGUUCGUGUAUUCACUGUUUGUCAUCUGUUUUUUGUAGCAAGCUUCCCAGCUGUUCUUGAAAGAAGUGCACACAUGAGGCUGGUAAAUCUGUCAUUGCAUCACUGCGGCAUGGUGCACUUGUUGCUUUAGAUGUAGCCUUGUUGCUCUGGGACUCCCUGCACGUCCAUAUCGAGUGCCUGGUUAGUGAAAUAUUGGGAGCACCUCGUGUUUUUGGUAGUACUUGAAAUAAA